CUCCCCUUAUUAGUUGCUAUUUCUGUAUCGAAUGACGCCUUGAAUGAAUUGGAAUGUGAUAUUUGCCAUUUAUUUUAUUUUAAGCUGUUUUAUAUUGAAGCUUAUUUGUAAAUGAUUUAAUUGUUUAAUAUGGAUGAAUCGGAAUUUCGGACUAAAGACGGAGGGAUUUCUGAUGUACUUUCAACGGCUGAUAAAAGAGAAAAUAUGUUGGAACAGGAAAAACACGCGUCUCAAAAUGAGGUACCGACUGGAUUAGGCGAUCACUGUGACAAGGUAAAUGAUAAAAUGACCAGUGAUGGUCAUGAAAAAUCAAAGAAUGAUACAGAUUCUACAAAUGAGCCAAAUUGUGGUAAAAUAAGUCCAACCAGUUACACCGAAGAGUUAGAUCUUACAGACCCAAAUAGUGUCAUAAACAUGUUGGAAAAUGUUGAUUUAACUGAAGAAGACACUGAGGAUUUGCUACAGGAAGCUUAUAAAAUGAAUAGAAAGCUUAAAGAAAUGUUAAGACGUCAAGAUGAUGAAUCCUCAGAUUCAAAACCAAAGGUAAAAUCAAGAAGUAAAUCUAAUAUGGAAUCACGACUAGGUAAUGGAAAAGCAAGUGCAUCAGGCUCGGCAGUGUCAUCAAAUCACGGAUCUCGAAAUGGUUCAUCAUUUGGUAUCAGAAAAGUUUUACCACCUAUUACAGGAGAAAAAGACACAAGUGUCUAUGCUAUUAAACUACGAAGAUCUAAAACAAGUGUUCAAGAUACAAAACCGGUAAUGAGUGAUCCUGCAGUUCCCCGUUCAAAGUCAACAUCUAAAACUGCUAUUAGAAAGGAUUCUGAUUCACCAUCUAGAAGAAAGAAAGCAUCAGGACCGAAACCAGAGUGGAAUGACAGAUUUAAUUUUACAUAAACAAUUAUAUUCUAUGAUAUUCACUUUUUACAUAAAUGAAGAACUAGUUAAUACAAUUAUAAAAUUAUUGUUUUGAAAGUUUAGAUCUGGUGCUUCCCAUUUGUUACAAACAAUAAUACUGCAUGUUUUUUCUUUAUUUUGCAAUUUGAUUUUGCAAGACAAAAUAAUUUCCGUCUGAUAUAUU